GGUUCAUACACCUUCAAGUUCGCCAAGGACGGGCAUCAACAGGGCACGCUCGUCAUGUAUGCUCUGCCCCACCACGUUGAGUCCUUUGAUGACACUACGCGAGCAGCAGUUCGUGAGGUGAAGUUGCAGACCACAACCAAAGGCAUCGCAACUGCCGUCAUGGCGGAUCAGUGGACCAUGGUUGAGCCAAACCUGCCCUUGGACAUGACUUUUGCUCCCUGGGACCCCGAGAGGGGCACCAUGACGAAAAUGUCGGACGAAGCGAGGGCUUUGAUUCGCGGGAUCGCAGUCCAGGAGGCUUCCCAGAACAUGGCCGCCCAGUCUGACCUGGACUCGAUGUAUUUUAGUGGAAAGGCACUCGCAAAGUUCGCCAUCAUGCUCACGGUCAUCAACGACCUCCUCGAAGACAAGAAACUUGCCGAGCCGGCGCUGGGGAAACUGAAGCAGGCAUUCGCGCGCUUUGCCGCCAACAAACAAAAGUUUCCCCUAGUGUAUGAGCGAUCAUGGGGUGGUCUGGUCUCGUCAGCUUCCUAUGUCACCGGAAACAGCGGCGCGGAUUUCGGCAACACGGACUACAACGACCACCACUUCCACUACGCAUACCACGUCUUGGCCGCCGCCGUCAUCGGGCAUCUGGACCCCAGCUGGAUCCCCGAAAACAUGGCGUACGUCAACCUGUUGGUUCGCGACUUUGCGAACCCGAGUGUCCACGACAUGUACUUCCCGCAAUCCAGGUCCUUCGACUGGUUCCACGGUCACUCCUGGGCUCAAGGUCUUUUUGAGUCGUGGGACGGUAAAGACCAAGAGUCGAGUUCUGAGGACAUGAUGCAGGCAUACGCCAUCAAGAUGUGGGGUACAGUGUCGGGCGACGCCAAAAUGGCGGCCAGAGGAAACCUCAUGCUCUCCGUCCAGGCCCGUUCGCUGCAGCACUACUACCUCUAUACGAAGGACAACAAGGUCCAGCCGGCCCAAUUUAUUGGAAACAAGGUCGCGGGCAUCUUGUUCGAAAACAAGAUCGAUCACACGACCUACUUUGGCGCCAACAUUGAGUUCAUCCAGGGCAUCCACAUGAUUCCUCUCCUCCCCUCGUCGCCGCUCGUCCGCACGCGUCAGUUUGUCCAGGAAGAAUGGGACGUGUACUUUAGCAACGGUCGGGCGCAGGAUAUCCAGGGCGGGUGGAAGGGCAUCAUCUUUGGAAACCUGGCCACGCUCAACCCGAAGGCGGCGUGGGACUUUUUCAACUCGACCGACUUUGAUCCUAGCUGGAUCGAUGGCGGCGCGAGCUUGACAUGGUACCUCGCCUAUUCCGCCGUCCUGGGCGGCCUCUGAUGGUAGGCGAUGUGUGGAUGAGAGGGAGACGAAGGCAUAGAGAGAAUGACGCUUUUGCUUUCGAAGAGGAGGACUGAACAGAAACAGCAACGCCCGCUAAUGAGACACGGAAUACGGAGAAACGACAAACCUAGACGACCAGCACCUAGAUACCACGAUUCGAUUCGCAAAAUGGAUACAUGAAAGGCAGCAAUCGAUGCUGCCACCACUU